UCUGCCCCGCACGUUAUGGGAUUUCUCUGCAUGUGCAUGGCUGCCGUAGUGCGGGCGCGCUGAAGCUGCUGUUGCUAUGCGACCAGAGCCGCGUCGCCUCUGUGUGAGUGUCACAAUGGCUGAAAGAAGUUUUGAUAAAAAGGUUCAAUCCAUCGUUUCGCAGACAAAGAGACGGCCGGCCUCUACCGGUAAGGCUGAGAGGUCCAGGAGGGUUGAAUCAAGACCGCAGGCAAGAUCGGCUUCCGGUUCGACAAAGAAACACACAGAUGACCUUUUCGCUAAGGAAGAGCAAUAUAAACUCCUAAAUGCAGAGCUGGAAGCCAAAACAGCAGAACUGGUGAGACAGGCAGAGCAGCUCAUGAGAGACCAGACUGAGGUUUUGUCAAAGCCUUUAUCCAACGUCCUGCUCACAGAUACUGAAGAUGAAGAGGAUUCUAGAAUAACAAAGUCUAAGCACUGCAGUGCACAGCAGCCUGGUGGGAAGAUGGUGACCAAGAAAAGGACCACAUCAACAACAUCGCAAAAUAUGUCUACUGGAAAACAGGGGAAACAGCUUCACCACAAACCACCAACCUCAAAGGUGUCUCAAGUAGAGGAUUUUGCAGCCGCAGAAGAUUCGGUAGAUUUUUUCUUGGCAAAGACGAUUCAAAACAUGGAGGAAAAGAUGAAAGACGUCGUUAUUCAUGAAGAUGUUGUGGAUGACGUGACCAACACUGGAGCUGACGUCGGAUCAGUCGUUUCAGAUGCUCAAAUGCGAGUUCUCAAGGCAAAACUACGUAUUAUGCAAGAGGAGCUGGAUCAGAUGUCGAGUGAAUAUUAUAAGAAGGAUGAUGAAAACUCUAAGCUUAGCGCAAAAAUCAAGGAGCUCGAGGAGGAUCGAGCCAGACUGCAGAAGACCACAAGCAUCCAGCAAACGCAGAUUGAGAAGCACAGAGCUUUAGCCGAGGAGUCGGCCAAAAAAUGUGACGGCCUUCAGCUGCAGGUGUCUGGUUUGCACAAGGAAAUAGAAAAUCUGAAUAGAUCCCACAAACAAGCAGCAGCUGUUCACAGCACCGUGGAGGUUCGCCUGAACAGAGCUCUGGAGGAGGUGGAGAGGCUGAAGACUCAACUAAACAAGAUGGAACAGACAAACAAGGACAAGAUAAGUGAGGACCAUCAGAGUAAAGAAAACCUACUGGCCGAAAACAAAAUGCUGAAAAAACAGAAAGCUGAACUCAUUGUGGGGUUCAAGAAACAGCUCAAGCUGAUCGACAUUCUCAAGAGACAGAAGAUGCAUUUUGAAGCUGCCAAGCUGCUGUCCUUUACAGAAGAUGAGUUUAUGACGGCUCUGGAUUGGGGAAAGUCUUAAACACAAAGCCAACACUUUUAUUUUUAUGAAGCAAAGAGUGUUGAUUAAAGUUGCCUACCUUGUUUUUUAAAAAGAUCUCUAUGUGUGUGAAGUAAAGAACUUUAGUUUGCAGUCCCUACGAAUGUAAGUUGACAUUUCAAAAGCCUACAGUUUGAAUUCACAUAAAAUUUAGAUGAAGAUGUUUGUCUAAUAAACACGAUCGGAUUCUUUCAGCUGGACUUUUUGGAGUUGUUUUAAUUAAGAUCCUGUCAGCACCGUUCUAAUAAAGAGAUAUCUAAAAU